AUGACUGUAGAACUUGAGGUUGCAAAGGGAAGAAGAAUACAAGGCUUGGGCUCUAAUCUACGAGUGGAGAGUUCACGUGAUCAAAUUACUGCUACUUCUUCUUUGGUUACAAAGCAAAAGUUUGAAGAGCUUCAAGGCACACAUGUUGGUGAUCCAACCUAUGGUGAUGAUAAUGAUGACAGUGUUGGUUUGGGUCACUAG